AUGGCGACUCCUACUGCGAAGUGCCUUCUUACUGCCGUAUUUUCUCUGAAUAUUGCGCUGUUUUGUGCCAAUUUUAUUUCUUUUUUUGAUUUAGAUGAAUUGGAUGAUGUAAAAUAUGGGAUAGAUAUAAUAAACACACCAGUUCUCUCGGGAAAAGCAGAUGAUAGUAAUAUUAUGUAUAUGAAGUCUAAAUAUGGGCAGCAGUAUGAGUGCAAACUGCCUGACAUGGAGGACCAUGAAAAAGAACAGGAAGAAGAAAAAUUAGCAUCUGAAAUUGGUAUAUCAGAAUUGUUGAAACCAAUGGAGGCGCAGCCAUGUUUAAUAAAGACUAAAGGUUGGUGGACCUAUGAAUUUUGUUACAGAAAAACUAUCAGACAGUACCACAUGGAUGAUGGUAAUAUAAUUGGAGAUGUUAUAUCGUUAGGAAAUUAUCAUUCAGAAAUGGAUUGGUCUACAAAUUCUAAUUCAUCUGAAACCAAAAGACAUAAAAUAAAUAGAUACCAUAGUCAUCUUUAUAAAAAUGGAUCAGUGUGUGACCUGACCCAAAGACAACGAGAAUCAGAAGUCAGGUUUAUGUGUGAUGAGGUGGGAUUGGACACCAUACACCGAGUAGAUGAACCGUCCAGCUGUAUGUAUCUUAUAACCAUACAUACCAACAGAGUAUGUAAACAUCCAUUUUUGAGGCCGCCUACAAGUCUAAAACCAAAGCCUAUAUUGUGUUAUCCAGCACUCAAUAAAGAACAGUUCGAUGAAUUUACAGACAAACAAAAUCUGUUCAAUCUGAGUAAAGUUUUUGCCUUGCAUUACUUUUCUUCUCAUUUGUGCCACAGAAAACCACCAGCUGAAGAUACCUUAGCAGUGACUAUAUCAACAGAAUUUCUGAAGCUAGAGGAGGAUGACAAAAAAGAUGACAAAAAAGUUGAAAAAGAGGUUGAGCAAAAAGAGGAUGGUGAAGAUGACGAGGAAGAAGCGUCAAUAGAAACUGAGGAAGAAGAGGAUGCUUUGUUAGUCAAGGAAUUCAAAGAAGGUCUUGAUGAGAUAAAACCUGAUAAAGCCAAGUUAGCUGAGAUGUCAGAUAAACUUCAUGAAUCUAUUCUUGACCAGUUUGAUGAUAUUUUAGCAGAGACGCAAGAAGACUUCAACGAUGACAGCAUUUUUGAUCAUAUAGAUUAUAAAGUUGCAGCUAAAAAAUUAGCUGCAACUUUGACAACGUUAUUAGAAUCCAUUGAUGACAAACAAGUACUCAAUGAGAAAAGGCGAAAACUAGAUGAAAAUGAAAAAGAUGCUGCUGAAAACUCAGAAAAAAAAGUACGUACAGCUCGUGGUGGCUAUGGAAUUGAUGAUGAUGAUGAUGAUGAUGACGACGACGACAAGGAAACAACAGGCAAAAAAGUCCCUACAUCUACUGGUGGCAUUGGUCUUACUGAUGAUUAUGAAGAUGAUGAUGAUGAUGAUGAUAGAGUCAGAGUCCGAGUUACGAAAGUCAACAUUGCUGGUGAACAAAUGCAAAAAGAAACAGAGAUAUAUGACAGUAAAUACAGGAAAAUAGAGAAAGCUGUACAGGAAGAUUUGGAGAAUGCUGGAAUUAAUCCUGAUGGUAAAAUAGAAGUAAAAAUCAUUGCAUAUGAUCCAAAUGACGAUGAGAGCGGUAUGACCGUAUUGUCUGAAGAAGAGACUACAUACUUUAAAGAUAUGAUCAUAGGAAUUCUGGGCGGCGGUCAAGAAACUACAAACGAAGCAAUACGUCACCAAAGACUUGAAGACAAUUACAAUUUUGUAUGGGGUGAAACAUCUUCAUCACAGCAAUCAACAUUAGACAGCGAUGAUGCAGAAUAAAAUGAAAUACAGUAAUUAAAUAAACUUUGUUGAAGUCUGGGGUUCUUAAUAUCAGUAGAUCUACAAAAAAGGCAUUAAUAGAAUAGGCAUUAAGAAUGUACUUACAUGAUGUAAUCGGAAAUAAAUUCUUGAUUAUUUGCGCUCACACAAUCAAAACUGACACACACGAGAUCAAAAUGAAAUUUGUUGUUUCAUAUACACUGCCAAAUAUUUAAAUGACCUUAUAUCAGACCCACUUGCUACAAAUUAGUAAAACAAACCGCUGAAAAUGGCUUUACCCUGAAAUAAACACGGUAAAAUAAUAGCCCAUUGGUCGCUUCCAAUAAGUUGAGCUUGCCUAGUGAUGAACUUCUUCUGUGAGGUGAAAGGAAGGUUUCUAUAUUGUUUUGGUCUGUAGUUGUAAUAAAUGAUUUUUUUAG